AUGGCCAAUCGUCCACCAGCACUUGAUUCCCUGGUAUUCUCGAUUCGAGAUCUUGAGCAUUAUGGAUCAGAAAACCUCUCUGACGGCUUCCGGGAGUAUUACAAUGGUGGUGCUAUGGACAUGAUAACGCUUCGAGAGAACGUGACAGCAUACGACAGAUACAAGAUCCGUCCUCGCAUCCUACGAAAUGUUUCCAACGUAGACACAAGCGCCGAGAUUUUUGGCAGGAAGAUCACGUUCCCUUGCGGGUUCAGCCCUAGUGCGAUGCACUGCCUGGCGCACAAAGAUGGAGAACUUGCCACAUCGAGAGCGGCAGCGAAGAUGGGCAUACCGAUGGCUUUGUCUUCGUACUCCACAAAAUCGUUGGAAGAUGUCAUUGCGCAGGGCACCGGGAACCCCUACAUGAUGCAGAUGUGCAUCGUGAAAGACAGGAAUAUAACCAUACAAUUGCUAAGGAGAGCAGAGGGUGCCGGAUAUCGGGCGCUUUUCCUUUCGGUUGAUGUGCCCGUCCUUGGUCGCCGGUUGGGCGAAAUGCGCUCGAACUUCACGUUGCCCAAGGGCAUGUCGUUUCCCAACUUAUUGUCAGAAGGUCAGGAUGAGUUCGGCGCACCAAAUGACAAAAACAACGGGCCUCAGGCUUUCGAUGACACCCUUGAGUGGGAAGAAAUAAUUCCUUGGCUGAAGGCCAACACCAAGAUGCAGAUCUGGCUCAAGGGAAUCUCGUCGCCGGAAGACGUUGAGCAGGCGAUAGCGGCAGGCGUACACGGCGUUGUCAUCUCGAACCAUGGCGGACGCCAGCUAGACGGGGUUCCAGCUACUCUCGACGCUCUGCGGCAGUGCGCACCAAUCGCAAAGGGCCAUGUUCAGAUUGCGGUAGACGGAGGGAUUCGAAGAGGUUCGGACAUCUUUAAAGCAAUCGCGCUUGGUGCUGAUUUCUGCUUCCUUGGAAGAAUUGCUAUUUGGGGCCUCGCCUACAAAGGACAGGAGGGCGUGGAGCUUGCUAUUCGGAUUUUGCUCGAAGAGUUCAAGUCGACAAUGGCAUUGGCUGGGUGCCGAUCGGUAGCGGAGAUUACCCGCAAUCAUUUGAGCGUCCUAGAGAACAACGGCAUUCUAGCCAAGUUGUAA